AUGGAAGUCCCAUUUGGUGCUACCGCAAGUGGUACUGCUACAACAAGUGCGGAGACAAGGGAAACUGAUGGUGGUACAAAUAGUGCGACUGCAGGAUCUGCAAAUGCAUCGAGCAGUGCCGCUGCCAGCACUACUUCCGCAACUACUGCCGCCACAACAACUGGAGAAGAUACCAAGAAACCUGCAGCUUGUCAGACAACUGCUGCCGGCCCGACAACGGCGGUGGAUGAUGCAACAUCAUCUUCUUCAAACAACGGGAAUCUUCAAGUGAGGCAACAUCUGGAGUUGCGCCCCAGCACCGAAUACUACCGCUGCUGCAACCACAGGCUCUACGCCAACAACCGCGGUUCUGGCGAUAGCACAGCACGCAUUUGGGAUAUGUCUGAUACCGGAAAUUCGCCUAAUCAGUUAGUUUUAAGGCAUUGUGUACAGAAAGGUGGUGCGGAGGUGCCAAGCAACAAGGAUGUCAGGUCAUUGGAUUGGAAUUGCGAUGGUACUCUAUUGGCUACCGUCAGCUAUGACGGCUUUGCUCGGAUUUGGAAAACGGAUGGACAUUUGGCUUCUACUUUGGGUCAACAUAAGCGGCCUAUUUUUGCUCUCAAAUGGAACAAAAGGGGAAACUAUAUACUUUCCGCCGGCGUGGAUAAGACUACUAUCAGAAGCGUUUUAUAA